CCCCUGACAUGUGUUGGAACAGGUGGCAGGUUUUCAAGCUUCAACUUCAGUAAUCAUUAAUGCAAAAAAAAAAAUAAACCCUGAAAAUAUGGAGCCGUCGUCUGACUCUGAGAAACAACAACUCCUCAUCGAGACUUACCUGGAGCCUCUUGAAAGGACGGGUCCCACGCAGAUGGAGGAGUCCGAUUCGGAUGCCUGCAGCGAGGACGGUCUGUGGCCGCCCAACAUGUCGGCGUCUGAAAAUGAUACGAGACGAGUGGCCAGGAGGAAGCUGCUCGUCGCCUGUGCUGUCAGCCUGGUUUUCAUGACAGGAGAGGUGAUUGGUGGACAUUUGGCUCACAGCUUGGCCAUCAUGACCGACGCUGCUCAUCUUCUGACGGACUUCGGCAGCAUCGUCAUCAGCAUCUUCUCCCUGUGGAUCUCUUCCAGGCCUCAGACACAAACCAUGACCUUUGGGUGGCACCGAGCAGAGAUUCUGGGGAUGUUUCUGUCCAUCCUGUCCAUCUGGGCCGUGACGGCGGUUCUGGUCUUCUCAGCCGCUCGGAGGAUCGCCGACGGAGACUACGACAUCGACAGUCAGAUCAUGCUCCUGACCUCGGGCUGUGCUGUGGUCGUCAACGUCCUGAUGGUCCUGGUUCUUCAUCAGUCCGGCGCUGCACACGGCCACGGGCCCCCCAUGCUGCAGGGGGACGGCAGGAAUCGCGCUCAUCACCACGGCAAUGCCAGCGUGAAGGCGGCCUUCAUCCACGUGCUGGGAGACCUGCUGCAGAGCGUCGGCGUCCUCCUGGCGGCCACCAUCAUCCACUUCUGGCCUGAAUAUAAGGUGGCCGAUCCGAUUUGCACCUUCCUGUUCUCCGUGCUCGUUAUCGGGACGACGCUCCCCGUCACAAAGGACGUGUUCAGGGUUCUGAUGGAAGGUGCUCCUCUGGGCGUCGGCGCCGUUAGAGAGCAGCUGCUGACCGUGGGAAAAGUCCAGGCUGUUACCAGCUUGCACGCGUGGAGCCUCAACAUGAACCGCUCUCUGCUUGCUGCACACAUUGCCAUAGACGAAGAUGCAGAUUGCCAGCUCAUCCUCAGGAAGGCAACUAAGCUCCUUCGUUCCAAGUUUGGUUUCUCCAGCGUCACGAUUCAAGUGGAGCGUUGCAAGCCGUCCGCCGCGGGAGGAUUCUGAUUGGCCGCUCCCACUGUGGCAGAGAUCUGCAGCUGGUUUUGAAACUGGAAAGACCAUCGUUGUUUACACAAGCUUACACAACAAUCAGAAGAUUAUGUGCAAUCAUCACGGGAAUGAAUGUGGCUAAUUUGGGGCUUUUGAUGAAGAUGAACCGCCGUUGUUCCAGGAUGGAACAAUUAAAUCACAUUCAACUUCAGGGAUUUUAUUUAUUUGAAAAAAUUGGAAUUUGGAGUUUAUCGUUAAUAUUCUUAAGGUGCUCAGAUAUAAUAAUGCUAAUAAUAAUAAAUACACACCUACUAAUA